CACGAGAAAAUCAUUAUAGACCUUGGAGCCACGGGAAAUCAGGGCGGCGCCGUAGUAGAAUUAUUCCUCCGGGAGGGCGGAUGGCAAAUCCGUGCAGCCACUCAAGAUCUAUCGGGGACAAAAGCUCGGCCUCUUUCUGGUCGAGAGGCGGAACUAAUCCAAGCCGACUUUGACCAUCCUAAGACCCUCGUUCCUGUCUUUAAGAAUGCCAAUGUGAUAUUUGCUGUGACCAAUUUCCGGGGCUUAUAUUUUGAUCCUAUAAACAAAGACAACUCGUCGCCGGGAGAGCCACUAAAUCUCUAGGCGGCGAAGCAGGAAGAGCAAUAGCUCAAGCAUGCGAUCGAUGUAGCAGCUGAAAUCCCGACCCUGGAGCUCUUCAUUAUCCCUGCUCUCUCGGACGCUACCAAAUGGUCGAAGGGCAAGUACACGCAUGUGUACCAUUUCGGCUCAAAGGCGAGGGUAGUCGCAUAUAUCCAUAAAGAGCAUCCGGCUCUGUGGAAAAAGACCAGUAUCUUCCAAAUUGGGUUUUUCUCGAACAAUUACACGGAAAAUCCAAAAAUGCAACCGACCAUGUUAGGCUCCUUCUGUUACUCACAAGCGAGUCCU